AACAAACUCUAUAACUAAUCGCUCGUGACGCUUCGUCGUCUGUCCGAAUGUCCGUCCCAUCGCCCGACGCGCCGCUACAACGUUCUUCUAUUCCUAUUCUCUUUUUCUCGCGGUGACGUGAACCCAAAGUGUGACGUGUUUGCGCUCUGCGUUCAAUCCCAAGAUUUUUCAUUAGUGCGAAUUUCAACUUCAAACCGUGCCCCGUCAUCCUUUUGCCCUUUUCUCGUGCCAUUGACUGGAUUCAUCUGUGAACACUUUCGGGACAUUGUUGGAUAUUCGAGUUUGGAUAUCGAGCUGGCACGUCCUCCUGACCGAGCACCACGGGAAAUACAAGAUUCGACAUGUGGUCGUCGGUCGAAUUCUUCGGUCACGACUCAAAGACACCCUGAUGGCAAUCACCGUUCGCGAUAUAUCGCGAUCAUUCGUCACAAUUCGACUCGUUAUUAGUUUCGUGUUAUCCUCGUUGUCGAUAGUAGUACUGACUUAGUGAGAGUGUAGUGCGUGCAGGUGCGAUUGUGACCCAAUUUUUCGUUAAGCGAAGAGACAUUGAGACAACGUAACGAAAAGAAAAAAACUGUUCGUCGAAACCGGCUGAGAUGUCAGCGUACGCGCAGUUCGGAUACUCGUAUCCGUCGGCGUCCCAGCUGCUGGUGAGCGGCGGGCAGCCAACAACGGCGACGUCGCCGGCGAUGUCGUCGGGGGGUGCCCUGAGUCCUGGCGCCCUCUCACCGUCGUCGACGGCGACGACGACCGGCGCCGCGGCGGCAGCCGCCUCCGGUGGGGCGAGCACCCCUGUGGCGGGUGCCACGGGACCCGGUUGCUGCGAGAACGGCAGGCCCAUGAUGACCGAUCCAGUCACCGGCCAAUCUGUGUGCAGUUGUCAGUACGACAGCGCGGCAAGGCUAGCUUUGGGAGCGUAUCCAAGGCUAGCACCGACCGCGACCUCCUACUCGUCGUAUCCCACGCCGACACCCUCCACCACUGACCAAGGACCCUAUCCUAGCAUUGGAAUGGACAGCUCCGCGUUCUACCCUCCUUUGGGAAAUCCAUACGGAUUGAAGGACACGACGGGAAUGGGGAUGACGGCGGAUAUGGGUGCAGCAUGGGGCACGGCCGCCCUUCAACCUGCCGCCACGGGUUACUACCCCUACGAUCCAACCCUGGCCGCCUACGGAUAUGGCGCCGGAUACGAUUUGGCAGCGCGGCGGAAGAACGCGACGAGGGAGUCGACGGCCACGCUGAAGGCAUGGCUGAACGAGCACAAGAAGAAUCCUUAUCCGACCAAGGGCGAGAAGAUCAUGCUUGCGAUCAUCACGAAGAUGACACUGACGCAGGUAUCCACUUGGUUCGCGAACGCGCGGCGGCGUCUGAAAAAAGAGAACAAAAUGACCUGGGAGCCGAAAAACAAAACCGACGAUGACGAUGACGCGGUUCUCACAGACUCGGAGGACAACAAGGAGAAGGAUGAUCUCGCGGGUGACAAUCAAGGCGACAGAGUCGGAGAGGACGCGAGGAGAGGCCUCGAGGAAAAUGAGCCGAUGAGGCACGUGAAAGCGGAGCACUUGCAGCACGACAAGGACCUGGACGAGGAGGACGACCUCGAUCUCGAGGAGGAUCCCCGCCGGGGCGAGCAUCCGUUUCACCACGCGAUGCAGCACCACCACCACCACCACCAAGCAUACCCCGGCGAGGACCACCUCAAGGACGAGGGGAUCGUCAAAACCGACUGCAGCGCGGCAGGCGUGCCGAUACCCGCGACCAAGCCGAAAAUCUGGUCGCUGGCCGACACGGCCGCGUGCAAGACACCCCCGCCCCCUACCCACCCUCAUCAUCAACAGUACCAUCACCUUCAUCACCAGCAGCACUACGGCCAACAGCAGCAUCACAUGUCCAAUCAAGGCCACCACCAUCACUCCCAGCAACCUUGGCUCGGCUCAGGGGGCGGAGGCGGCGCCGGAGGCGGAGGCAACCUGAGCUCGUUCGCGCUUCCGUCCUCGGCGUCGAUGAGCCCGUCUGCAGCCGCCACAGCGCCUUACUCGAGCGCCGCCACGAGGUACGGCGGUUUCCUCUCGUCCUCGUCCGGUGGCCAACUGCACUACAACCCCAACUCGUCCUCCGGCUCGAGUUCCUCGGCGUCCUCCUCGGCGGCUGCGGGGUUUCCCGAGGUUGGUACGGACACCCCACCCCAGACACCGCCCAACAUGAAGGUGGCUACACCGAAUGGAGUGAUCCAGGCACCACCGGGCGGUUACUGCACUGGUGGCAACGGGAACGCGACGACCAACGGUAAUCCAAAUCCGUACGGGCAGAGCCAUCCGGCGGCCGCCGGCUAUCUGUCGACCAGUUCCGGCUCGGCAAGCAGCGGUUCCUCGUUCAGCUCGAGGCUGCAGGCGUCCCCGCACAAGGACUUCUCGCCAGCGGGGCAGAAUUCUAUUCUCCACCAGCAUCAGACCACUGCCAGCUUACCGCCCACGGAGGCCACCACCGCGUUCAAACCGUUCUAUAAGGGCUCGCAGUCCAUGGGUAGCGGAUUCGUGUCGCCGGUCUAAGGAACUCGCUAGAUCGAUUCUGGAUCACCGUCGCGUUCCUCCAGGAUCGAGAAAAAGGGCGCAAGGGCACUGUAUAAAUACGCUCCGCAGAGGAUUUACUAUCGCGAUUUCUGCACCACGGAAGGAGAGAGGCGUAGCUAGGAAAAAGAAUUAGCGAGGGUGCAAAAAAAGAAUAUACUCUAAAAGGAGAAAGAAAUGGAAGCCGGUAGUAUCGUCCUCGAGAUACAUAAAUCGUGACGUGAGGGCGCGGAAAGACGAAUGGGGAAUGCGCGCGCAUGCGCGGCUCAGAGGAGAUUUAGGAAUUAAGGGAAUUACGUCGAAGUGCCUGCUUACGCACGAGUACGUAAGGAAGAAGAGGGAUAGAUAGAUCUCGGGGAGGAGACGUGCGCUGAAUCGUGUUUUCUGUGGAGGAGGAGGAGGAGGAGAGGUUUUAGGUGAGAAUCGCCUAAUAAUUUUUGAACGAAACGGACUACUACUGGUCGAGCAAUUUCGAAAAGAUCGUAUGCUUAAACCCUGGAGAGGGGUUUCCUUAGUCAACCAAUCCUUCGAUUCCCUGUAAAUAACGAGCUCACGCACGACAUCUUGCGGAUGAUUCGAGACCUAAAAGAGAUCGGUAAGGGAAACCGUAAUAUAGGUCGUUUUGUACAUAUAUAUAAAUUGUGGAUGGAUGGGGAAACGAGAGUUUAUGCAGAAUUAUUUUCUCGUUCCAUCUGUAUCUGUUCAGUCCCGCGGAUCUUGCCGAUAUCCACCAGCCAAGACACCCGCAAAUCAUACGGGCAACGUGCAAAAUAACAGCCAGUUUCAGCUCCAAUCCUGAUGCGAUCGUGUAUUUCCAUUACACACAGUAUUUAUUCGUUAUAAGGGUAAGAAUUCUUUCUCGAGUCCUGUCGAAGCGAGUAAAAUUUUUUCUUCCACCUCACCAAUAGUCGUAAAUUCCUUUAAAUAUUUAGGUUUUCAAUUCCUCUUUUUCUUUUUCUUUUUUAUGUUCCUCGUUAUUGGCGAAGAUAAAACGAAAAUAGAAUUUCAAGCUUCUACUUCUUUUUGUGUUAGGAAACGGUCGACGGUUUUUUGUUUUUAUGUCACUUAAAAAUUUUAUUUCUCAGUAAAAAAAAAAAAAAAAAGUGAACAGAAAUACGUUUACGUACAAUGUGUAUAUUACUGCAGUAGCGCCCUCUUUAGCAUUCACAUAUUUCAGAUAUACGAUAUCUGGUUAAAGUUAUUAAUACACUCGUGAAAAAUCUUUAUACGAUUUUUAAAAAUCGAUGGAGAGAUAAUGUUGAAGUGCUUUUAUAACGAAUACAUACAGUGUUGGACUCUUGUACAAAGUUGUCAAUAUCUUUCGACCAACUCGCGUGUCCGAGUCCUUUUCUAUCGAGGAUUGGUCACAGCGUCGUCGAGGAGGCGGAGGAGAAGGAAGAGGAAGGCGGAUCGCACAGGCGCUACUCUAUCCUUAACUUACACCAGAGCAACUCUUUAAUUAAACUCCCUGAUGAAAUAUUCUCGUGUACACGCUGUUGAAAAGGCUAUAGCCUAGAGCUGGCCUAGAGGGGGGGGGAGGGGGGCGGAUCUUUGGAAAAUUUGUCAAAGUGAAGUCGAGUCCACAGUAUAAAAAACUGAUUCAAAAUUAUUUAGAAUAUAAAAGUGGAGUGACGAACCUGGACCACGAGUGAUCUGGACGCAUCAAUUUUCCUUUCCUGCUAUACUCUAUACUUCCAUAUUUGAAACUCUGUAACCCUUUUUCUCCGAUUCCGAAUGCCACUGGAGUUUCAUGUUUGUGUAUAGGUGAUGAAGUCGACUGAAGUUCGUCACUCCUUGUCUCAUGGAUGUUUGUCCACCAUGGAUGAUUAUUAUGGUGCAGUGAAGAGAAUGGUUAAUAAACUAAUUAAGUGUGAAAAAAAAAAAAAAAAAAAAAUUCGUCCUUUUUCCGCGGCGGGCAUCGUGCACUCCCAAUAUGGACUUCCGGUCUCCUGCAAACACGCGCGCCACGAGACAUCGAUGAUGCGAUAACAUUAACACGUGUGUUUCGUUUUAAUUAGCAUCGUAUUUCAUUACUUUCAACCCUUCACUCUGUGCAAUAUAUAUUGUUUUUUUUUUCUUCUUUUUUUUUUUUUUUUUUAGAUCGUGCGCUCGUCGAUUGUUCACGUUUCUCGUGAUCAACGUGGAAAUGGAACAUUUCGAUCUAUAUACGUGUGUGUAUGCGUGUGUGCGAGUGAGUGAAUACGUCGUGUGUGUGUUCGUAUGUGUAACAAUUUUAAUCUCUUUGUUCUUGGAUCCCUUUGAUUGGAUUAAAUUUCGUGGUUUUUGACGAUAGGAAAUAUGGUAGCGACGAUUAAAUGGAAAUUUUUCAAAGGGCAACCUUUGACCCGUGGUUUCAGAGAAACGAAGAUGCACGGUGCUCGAGAUUGUUAAUAUUUUUUUAUAUCGUGCAUGUAUAUCGUAUAAAUCAUCCCUCCUUUCGAUAUUAUUGAUGGUAUAGAAUCGCGAAUUGUUUCUCAAUUUCUUUCGAAACGAGCAGAAUGGACAUGAAGGAAAGACGGAAGGAGAGGCAAGAGAAGGGAAAAAAGAAAAAAAAACAAAAAAGAACUAAUUGUAGAAAUCAUUUUGUACUUUGACACUGUGUAAGUGAGUGUGCGUGAUUUGCGUCGUUUGCUUCGAGAGAAAGAGAGAGAGAGAGAGAGAGAGAGAGAGAGAGAGAGAGAGAGAGAGAGGGAGAGAGAGAAAAGAAAAAAUUGGAGGAGGAGAUAUGAGAAAGGAGCGCGAUAGAAGAAAUUGUACAUUGUUUUGUAAAGAGUACAUUUAUUUAUAUCUGUGAUAAUGGGCAAGGUUAAAUAGAAAUGAAAAGAGAAGAGUUGCAAACGAGAGAAACGGUUGAGGGAAUGUGAGAAAGAGAGAGGAAGAAUGGAGAAUAUACAAUAUGGACGAAAAAAUAUAUAUAUAUAUAUAUAUAUAUAUAUAUAUAUAUAAAACGGAGGCGAGGAAGAGAAAUAUUAUGGUAUUGAUAUACUACGACGAAGAUGAUCGGUGCUCGUGCAUUCGUUGACACGUAUGUAUAUCGUAAUAGAUUAAUUAAAUAAUAGAGACUCAAUCAUGGUUUUUGUAAAUAAUCAGCGUAGUCAAGGGAAUACCAUCAUCGAGGGUCGAGGGUAUCGUUUUAUGAAUCCGUGCGAGAAAAUAAAAAAUAAAAUUAAAAAAAAAAAAAAAAAAUAAAUAAAUAAAAAAUAAGAGAAUUGUAAGGUUGAAGAAAGAGUGAAGGACAAUUUUGUGCGCUUCUUAUAUGUUCACGAUCGUACCCUCGACGCAAAAAAAAAAAAAAAAAAAAAAAAAAAAAAGGGAAAGAGACCUAUCUGUUGUGAAUAUAUAUAAUACAGGUAUUAGGUAUAUAGAUAUAUAUAUAAAUAUAAAUAUAUAAA